AUGUUAUUAAAAAUUCAAUUGCUAUUUCUACUAUUCGUGACGCAAAGUUUGAGUGACGAUCACCAAAUAAUAGUGAAACUUGAUCCAGGAGAAAUAAUAAAGACUCUAGCUUCGGAAUCCUCUAUGAAAUACCUGCAGAAGUUGGCUGAUGUUUUCGCUAAAAAGGCAGCUGAGAAAUUCGUGGACGAAAUCAAGAAUAAAGAGUAUGAAUAUCUAAGUAACGAUCAUCGCAACCACGAAAAGGUUCAAAAAGCAGUUCUAGAUGAAGACAAGGCAUUUGCUCUAUUGCAGAAACCUUCACCAGACGGGGACAAUUUAGAAUAUGAUACAUUGGACCUGACAAGAGAAGAAGAAACUACGAAAAAGAGUAUACCAGUUAUAGGUUUGAUGAAAGUCAAUGGGAAAUACUUCGAUUCUCAAGCCGUAGAUACAGGCAUUGUUAUGAAACUGCGAGCAUUCGUCAAACCUCAAUGCGUCUAG